AUGUUACUACCACUUCUUCUUCUCUCAACAGCUGUAGUUAAUGGAUGUGUUCACAAGGGUGAAAAAUAUAAGAAUGGAGAUACUUGGAUAGCCCGUUCAACCUUCGUACUUCGAUGUGAUAUCACUAAAAAUGGUUGGAAGACUACAGUAAUUGGUUGCAAAACUGAUGAAGGUGUCCACGUGUUACCCGGUCAGACAGUUCAUGAAGGAAAUACGAAAUACGAAUGUUUGAAAGAGAAAGAUGGAACUGUUGAAAUCAGAAGAACAUUAAAUAUCAAGAGAAAGAAGAGUUGUGGAGACCAUUCAAUUGGAGAUACAUGGGUUUUCGAGAAGAGUUUUAUGGCAAAAUGUACGGCUAAAGGAGUUCAAAUAUCUGAUUGCAUUUCGGAUUCAGGAAUUCCGGUACCACUUAAUGGAUCACUUGUUUUGAGUGGAAUCAAGUAUGAAUGCGUCAUGGAUUCGAAUGGAAAAGUUUCACUUCACAGAGAUGCUGCUCCACAACAAAAUACAGUUACUAGGGCAACCACGUUGAGUCCCGUCGAAAUUCUUGGUCCAAUGUUUAAGAACUUUGGAGCAAUGGAUGUCGAUGAUCUUCUUGCUCCAAAACCUGCAGAUCCUGUGCAAGAAGUUCCAGCUGCCGAACAAAUGAUGGAGACGUCAGAGACAACCUGCGAUUUUGAAGGAGAAAAUAGGAAGUCUGGAGAUAUCUGGGUAUCAGACGGAAUUUUCACGAAAAAAUGCACAGACGAAGGUGCUACAGUAAUCUUGAACUGCAUUGUGGACGAUAAGACUAUUAUUAAUGUGGAUAAUGAGCUGACAAUUGGAAAGAAGACCUACAAAUGCUACAGGAAAAAGGAGGAAAAUAGAGUGUACUACGAAGUUAGAAUAAACUAGAAACAAUUCCUGAUUUCUGAAUUUUGCAUCUUUCCCACGGGUGCCUAGAUCCCAUUUUUUUGAAAAACAUUUAGUUUUCAUCCAUAAAUAAAUAUUUUUUUACG